GACUCUCUCCUCAACGGCCAUCAUCACCUUACCGAACCCCGAUAGUUCAGGUCUUGAUUGGCAGUCCAGCCUCCCUUGCGCAUCUCAAAUCCCACCGGUCACCCCACCGUCUCAAAACUACAUUUCAAGAUGUCUUUCCAGAAGCCUGAGAAGGAUUUCGGCGAGGGCCCUAAGGUCCACAAGAUCCGUAUCACCCUCACCUCUCGCAAGGUCGCCUCCCUCGAGAAGGUGUGCUCGGAGCUGAUCGACCGUGCUCGCUCCAAGUCCCUCCAGGUCAAGGGUCCCGUCCGUCUUCCCACCAAGACCCUUCACAUCUCCACCCGUAAGACCCCCAACGGUGAGGGUUCCAAGACCUGGGACAAGUACGAGAUGCGCAUCCACAAGCGUCUCAUCGACCUCCUCGCCCCCACCGAGACCGUCAAGCAGAUCAUCAUCAACAUCGAGGCUGGUGUUGAGGUUGAGGUCACCAUUGCUGCUUAAACAAAUCCCUACCUCUUCCUUCACUGGAUACGGUUUGGGUUCGUGACAGGGGUGGCGCGGACGAUGAGGUUAUGUUUUGUGGUGCUGCUGCGGCCGUGCUAGGCAUUCGUCGAUACCCGCCAGUUCCUGGCUUGAAAAUGAAAAAGUUCAAAAAGCAG